CUUAACCGCCCGUCGUUUCUUUCUUGAGGUAACCCGAAUGAUCAGGAAUUAAGCUAUAUUCAAGUCCACCAAAUCAGACAACGCUGUUUGUACCAAGUAUGAAGAACCAAGCAAGCAAGCUCGCUCGUUCGAACCGAUUCCAUUGAAAGCAAAAGUCCUUCAUAUAAAUAGCCGGCCAGAAAAGCUCUUAUUCUAAACGCUAACAACCAAAAAAAGCUGCUUUUUCUAGAGAGAGAAACGAGAACACAAGAAAGACGGUGAAGAACUAGAAAGCGAAGGGUGAGCAUUAAUGGCGGCAGAGAAGCAAGUGAUGGUGAUCGGGGCGGACAAGAGCGAGCAGAGCCAGUACGCUCUGGAAUGGACUUUGGACCACUUCUUCAAGCCCUUCGGCGGCGACAAAGCUCCCUUCAAGCUCAUCAUCGUCCACGCCAAGGUCCAGGUUUCCACCGCCGUCGGCUUGGCAGGCCCGGGAGCGGCGGAGAUUCUGCCGAUCGUGGAAGCUGAUUUGAAGAAGAGUGCUGCCCACGUAACUGAGAAGGCCGAGGAAUUUUGCGCCUCUAAAUCGGUGACCGAUGUGGUUGUGGAGGUUGUGGAAGGAGAUGCUAGGAACGUUCUGUGUGAUGCUGUUGAAAGACACCACGCAUCCAUCUUGAUUGUGGGAAGUCAUGGCUAUGGAGCUAUCAAAAGGGCGGUUCUGGGAAGCGUCAGCGACUACUGCGCUCAUCAUGCUCACAGCACAGUGAUGAUCGUGAAGAAGCCUAAAACCAAGCACUAAAGCCUCCUCUGGGUUUUCAGUUAAGCACGACAGAAAGUCCGUCGUGCUUGAAAAAUUACAAUACACACAUAAUAAAUUCGUCCUUUUGAGAAUUGAAUAUUGAAAGGUUAUACGUAUAUAUAUACUUUGUGCUUGGAGUUUGAUCGUUCAAACUUCAGAAGUCUGGCAUGUAUUUAUAGAUCGGAAGUUGAAGCUUUCAAACUUUUGUAUGACAGUCGAUCCGUGUAUCAAAAGUUUGAUUGGUAAAGUUUUGAUAUAAGUUCUAUUUUCA